CCCAAGUUGAGAUAACUGUAUUUCGCCAUCAUCUAUUUUUUUUCGGUGAUUCUUUAAAUAUCUUGUAAUCCCACUGUUGGAUCUUUUUCUUUUCCCUUUUCUGUUGUCUUUUUAUUCUAUUUUUCCAAAACUUUUCUAGUCUCUUUGUUUACAUAUUUCUUCUGUUCAUUUUAUUGUGGCGUCUUUCUUUUCUGCUGUUGACAUUAUUGUUAUGACCCGGGAACGACAUACGAGAUUACCUUCAAUUUCUCUUUUAUUGACCUUGCCUCCACCAUGCUCUCCAGGGUAUGGUAUCAGUCCUUCACAACCGUCAUCCUCGCCACGGCCAUCGCCACAGCAACAAGAGGCUGUGACAUUGAAUAUAUUGCCAGCGUCACCUAAAACCCCACAAUCCGGAGGUGCACCCCCAAAUCAUUAUUUCGCUUCCAAAUCGCCAUCUUAUCCACCAUUGACGCUCAACUCUUCUAUUCCGGAUUCGCAAUCACUGUUUCCAGCUUCGCCUUAUUCAGCUUCCAGUACUUCGCCCUCGCUUUCCCCAGUCAAUGAUAUGCUAUGGCCACCACUUCAAGGGGAUGACCCUCCUCGACGUUUAGUGCGUCAACCUUCGAUGCCUUCCCUGUCUCCUCCAAAUACAUCGUCUUUCAGUAAACUGUCGGCUUGGCCAACGUUGUACCGUAAAUCGAGUGAUCCUUGUCCUCUGUCAAUGCCUCCACCUUUAUCCCCCUCUCCCUCCAAUCGUUCAUCGCCUUCGUCGGAAUCCUGUCUAUCCUUACCAUCGUCACCUCCUUCACCCGGAAGUUCUCCCCUUCCGCAACCCAAGACUGCUGCCACAAGUCAUGCUUCGCCAUCCCCUCCACAACCGUCGGUCCCUGCCACUGCUGCACCCGCCAAGCCAGCGGCCUCCUCCACGGGCGCCAAUUCCCUUGCUACUACCCAGAUCAUCUUGAACGAAGAUGGGCAACCCAUUUUGAAGCGUCGCCGGGGUCGACCUCCGAGUCAACGCGAACCUGUGUGGGAAGGUGGAUGGACGUUUUUGACGCCAACGGUAUGGAAUGUCAAUUCGCCCAAGCAACCAGAACUGAGCAGUUCAACGACCAGUCAUCCGAGCGAAGCGACCAUGAAUGGAACCAUGGCUGCUUUCACCAGUUCUGAUAUGGAUACCGUCUUGCAAGUGCCAAGAAAAAAGCGUGGACGGAAACCGAAAACACACAUUGAAGGCAAUUCUUGUUUUGUUUGGCGAGAACUGACUGCCACACGAACCGUCAAGGUGAAAAAACCUGACAGCAGGCGUCAUUCGGCCGAUCUGAGAAAAAUCAGAAAGGCCCUUUCAGGUCCUUCCUCGCCGACGUAAAAACAAGAUAGAUCUUUUUUUUUUCUUUUCUUUCAUCUCUGCAAAAACUUUGUACAUACACUAUAGUUAAAUUUGUUUCCUUAUGAUUUCUUGGCAUGUUUCUGAUAUCUAUUGUAUGAGAUGAUUGAGAAUUUAGUAAAGCAUUAAAACUGAUGGAAGAGUAGCCGGUCCUUACUCUCCCAAUUCCACCAAAAAAG